AUGGCCUCUCAAGCAUCUCCACGCAAGCUCUGGGAGCACCCAGACCCAGAGUCCACCCAGAUGGGACAAUUCCGCCGCGCUCUAGAGAAGCACACUGGGCAACACUUCCAGACAUACCAUGACCUCUACAACUUUUCCAUUACCCAGCGAACCACCUUCUGGGACUUCUGUUGGAAAUACUCCAAUCUUAUUCACGAGGGGACCUACACCUCCGUUGUCAAUGAAUCCGCCCGGAUGGAUAGCAUUCCUCAUUGGUUUUCGGGGAUCCGGCUGAACUUUGCGGAGAACCUACUUUUCUCUGCGUCCGGGCAUGGUAGAUCCACUAUAGGGAAGGAAGACGAGAAGAUCGCCAUUGUUGAGGUCCGCGAGGGCGCGGCCGGCGUGCCUCUUACGUGGAAAGAACUCCGCAGUCGAACGGGCCGGUUAAUACAUGCAAUGAAAGCACAUGGAGUCAAGAAGGGCGAUCGCAUCGCCAUCUGUGCCAGUAACAGCAUCGACACGUUGCUAGUAUUCUUGGCUACCACUGCCCUCGGUGCAAUUUUCUCUUCCAGCUCAACGGACAUGGGCGUGAAGGGGAUCUUGGACCGACUGUUACAGAUUCGCCCUCGCCUGUUGUUUAUGGACGACCAGGCCGUGUACAAUGGCAAGACAAUCGACCUGCGAUCAAAGAUGGCGGCGGUUGUCAAGGGCAUGCAGUCCGUGGGUGAGUUUCAGGGAAUUGUCUCCCAGUCACGAUUUGCUUCUCGACCAUUAAAUGUGAACCAUGUGCCGAAGGCGCAGCCCAUUGCGGCAUUUUUAGCCAAAUCAGCUAGUGACUCCCUGGAAUUCGAGCGAACCGCAUUCUGUGAUCCUUUCCUCAUUGUUUAUUCGUCUGGGACAACCGGCCAGCCGAAAUGUAUUGCACAUUCGGUUGGAGGAAUCAUGUAUCUGUCGGCCAUUCAAACCCUGUUGUUUGGAUCCCGGGUGAUCCUCUACGAUGGCAGUCCUUUUCUCCCGCAUCUUUCAUCACUGAUUACGCUUGCGGAACAGCAAAGGGUCACACACUUCGGAACCUCUCCACGAUACAUGUACGAGCUUCAAAAGGCAAAGAUCCACCCGAGACAGAUCGCGGAUCUGAGCUCGUUGAAAAUGGUCACCAGCACUGGAAUGGUCCUCCCUGAGUCUCUCUUUGAGUGGUUCUACGACCAGGGCUUCCCGCCUCACGUGCGUCUCAACAAUAUUUCUGGGGGGACCGAUCUCGCCGGGUGCUUCGGCAUCGGCAAUUCGCUUCUUCCUCUCUAUGUGGGUGGUUGUGCCGGAAUGAGCCUCGGGAUCCCAGUUGAUGUCUAUGACCCUAGCAUCGAGGGUUCGGGUGUCAAGGGAGUCCCUGUAGAGGAAGGGGCUGCUGGUGAGCUUGUGGCGACCGCCGCGUUUCCCAAUAUGCCGGCUUGCUUCUGGGGUGCGGACGGACACAAACGGUAUCACGGUGCCUACUUCGCGCGCUUCGACAAUGUCUGGACUCACGGCGAUUUUGUCUCUAUCCACCCGGUCACUAAGCAGCUAUUCUUCCACGGUCGGGCGGACGGUGUGCUGAACCCGUCGGGCGUUCGAUUCGGCUCUUCGGAGAUAUACCAGGUCAUUGAAGGUGAAUUUCCGACUGAGGUCGUGGACUCAAUCUGUGUCGGUCAGCGCAGACCGUCGGACACAGACGAGCGGGUGGUGUUGUUUUUGCUUCUGAAGCCAGGCGUCGUCUUUACCCAGGAAUUGGUUGGCAGGGUUAAGGCUGCGAUUCGUCAGAAGCUCAGUAGUCGUCAUGUCCCGACGUUCAUCUUCGAGACUCCUGAAAUUCCGACCACCGUCAAUGGGAAGAAGGUUGAGCUUCCCGUGAAGCAGAUCAUCUCCGGAAAGAGAAUCAAACCGUCUGGUACCCUGCUCAAUCCUCAGUGCCUGGACUAUUACUACCAAUUCGCUGAAGUUGAAAAGCUGGUGCCCCGGGAGAGUAAGCUUUGA